UGAACAUUCACAGCUCCUGUUCCAUCCAUCCAUCAUUCCAUCCAUCCAUCCAUCCCAGGAUGGGAAUGUCGGGACUGACGGCGCGCCUUUGUGAUGUAGGAUGAAGAUGAGAAAAACAAACAAGUGCGUCUGAGAGAGAGAGAGAAAGAGAGAGAGAAUGAAUAUGAAGGACCGGGGGUUUUCGGUUGAACGAAGAGGCAAACCGGCCACGUACACCGGCGACAAGAAAGCGAAAAUGGCCGCUCGGACCAACCAGCAGUGGGUCAGGUUAGCUACAGUGUUCGCUUAUGUGCUCUGUGUGUCUCUGGCUGCCAUCAUCCUGGCUGUUUAUUACAGUCUCAUCUGGAAGCCCACUCCUCCUGGAUCUUCCUCCAGACGGCCCGAGGUGCCGCUGAUGAGCUGUGCGUCAUGGUCCAUGACUAAAGAUUCUCAGAACACCACCAGCGCUGCUGAUCUCUUACACCUCAACAGCACGAACGCAUCCUCAUCCUCAUCCUCAUCAGCAGAGAAGCAGCAGGACGCAGCCUGGAUAGUCGCUCCAGAGAGCACAGCAGAACCGAGCCACGGUUCUCCAAACGCACAGCCGAGCCGUGCGCCUGCGCAACCUGAAACAGGCCAAACCCUGCUGGACUCUUUCACCAAACCUGUGUGGACUUCAGAGAUGUUUCAUGACGGCUCUGGGGCUGAUCUCGGGACAGAGGAAACGCGAGAGGAAGGUGAAAGACAGCAGGUUGUGCGGACGCGCAAAGCCGCGUCUCCAAAUCAGCGCUCAGCUGGAGAGAGGGUUAGAGGAAGGAGAGGCGCAGGGUCAUCAGCACUACAUGGGGUCUUCUGAGGAGGACAGUUUCUGUCUCUCUCUCUCUCACACACACACUUUUAAAUCAGAGAUACAUGAGGAGUCCGUCCAGUUCUGAUCUGACAACCAGUCUGAGGCACUGGUUUGGGAUGCGAUUCGACUGAAUGGACUCGAACACCAGGAUUUAUUGUUUUCUGUCUGGAUUUUAUUUAAUAUUUACUGUACACAGCUCAGAGAGAUGAUUUAGUUUUGCAUUUCUAUUUCACUUCCAGAGAAAACACACUGUGCUCGGAUA